UCAAUUUCUUCUUUGGAACUUUAUUUACUCGGUAUCUUGGACUUUAAUUUUAUGCAUCAGAUCAGUGUCGUACGAAAUAUCAAUACUUUCGUUUGUUUAUUAAGCAGUACUCAUCAUUACUGUUUGAGCUAGACAGUCGACAGCUACCUUAUUUUCCCUCCUUGUAUUUCUCCAAUAAUUUAAGUCGUUUCCGAGUGAGCUGUUUAUAGCCAGUAUACAGCGCAAGCCUAGUAAAACAGCCAUGAACCACAUGAGUGCGCGCGGAUCGAGCAGCGCUUAGAACCGCACAGCAAGCACUGGAGAAUGCUUCAUGUGUAGCUCGAACGACAACGAGAGGUCUGUGCGGAUACAGUCCACCUACAAUCUUACUGAGCUUAACGCUUAACGAUGGACCUUUGCGCAGACUGCAUUUGGCGUACGGCGAGGUGCACGGUGAAGCGAGCGCGCAGCACGCACUGCUGAGAUGAUGAGGGAAGCUAUGAGAGGUUACGAGGAGAAAGGGUCAAUGGUAACCUCGAGAUCGAAGAGCACACGUUAUGCUGAGAGCUGCCAAAUGGAUGCUGUUGGAAAAUGACGGGUUUUGAGCUCCAGAGCUGUGUGUAGGAAUACUGUGGGCUGACUGUGGAGCGUUGAGGACUGUUCCCCAAUGGAAUGCAGAAAAGACAGCGCAACUGCCGCAGUGAAUGAAGUUGGUUUGUUGAUCCAUUCAUUAACGCAUGAUACUAACAGUAUACUUAACCAAAAGAGAUAACGAAAUGCAUCAGAAGAGAGAAAAUCUGUAAACAAACUCGUAUUUAUUUGAACAUCCGCGAAGUGCGUCCUCGCGAUUUAAGCACAAAAAGGCGCACGCUCACGAUUCAUGUUAUUGUUUUGAUUUGCUGAGCAGUUUCCAAGCAGUCCUGAUCGGCGCGGGAUGGUCGAGACGCUGAGCAUCGCCGUCAUCGGAGCGCCUGGAGUCGGGAAAACUUCUAUCAUCCGUCAGUUUAUUUACAAUGACUUCUCCGACACUUACACCCCCACCCAAACGCGAUACGUGUACAGACCCUCGGUCAUUCUUAACGGUGUUAUGUACGACCUGAAGAUUUUGGAUGUCCCGCCAAUUUCCUCCUUUCCUUCAAGCCCAAGUCAGGAGUGGCUGGAUGUGCGGUGUCGAGGGGUCCGCAGCGCAAAUGCCUACAUUCUGGUCUAUGACAUCUGCUGUGUGGAGAGCUUUGAGUAUGUCAAGAUGAUCCGACAGCAAAUUGUGGAUAACAGAGUGGGCAGCAGUAGUGAGGUGCCCAUCCUGGUGGUGGGCAGUAAGCGGGACCUUCAGCGGCAUCGGUUCACCCAGCGCAGGGCCGUGUCUGUACUGGUGAAGAAAACCUGGAAGUGCGGCUAUGUUGAGUGCUCUGCUAAGUAUAAUUGGCAUGUGCUUCUGCUCUUCAAAGAGCUCCUGGGAAUAGCCGUGGCACGAGGACUGCGUCCGAACCACACCUCUAUCCGUCUCCAAGGAGCAUUGCAGAGGAAUCGCUGUAAUGUCAUGUGACAGAUAUGUAGCCUUUUUUGAAUUUAUGCUUAUUUAGGACCAGUUUGUUUUAUCAGAGUCUUAAUUAUCUGGUCUUAUUUAACUGGUCCUAAGUCAGUAUUGAACGUCAACUUUGCUGUACCACAAGGAUGGAGCUUUGGGGACAAACUGUUAAUCAAAAUGGCUGGAAUAUUACCACCUAGGGGCCUCUGUAACUGAUGCAUUCAUCUGAUGGAUUACCUUAGGUACUACUGAUUUCACUUUUCUCCAGUGUAUUCUAACAAACAGGAAAAAUGGAAGCAGAUAAGGAUUUUUUUUUCAUCUUACCAAAGUCUGUCUGGGUCGGAGUAAGAUAUUGCAUCUGACUCAAACAGAGUAUAAUUUGUUUCCCCUUCUUGCUUAGAUUUAAAUUCAGAUGCUGUGGGUGCAAGUGUGACAGUUUUUAACUGUUGCUUGGAAACCGCUAUUAUGAUGGAUGUACUUAUCUUUUAGAAAUAAUGAUGAGUGAACGUUGGAAUUAUCUGUAGUGCUUGUCAAAUUUGACCUAUAAUAUGAGCUGAUCUUUCCCUAUGUUAUAGUAUCAAUUCAAAACAAAACAACAAUGGAGACACAGUUUACCUGUGCUUUCUCAGAAGCACUGACUUUAAAAUAAUCCCUGUCCUGUUACUCAUUGGCCAGUUUCCUUUUUGCAAAACUGCUUCAGGACAUUAAUAUUGAAGGAGCUGCAGCCUUCAAAUCCUGCCCCAACAUUUCACUUCAUAAACCUUAUUAACCAUAUGCUGCGGCUCACAGACAGAAACCUCACCAUUCUCCAAUUCCAUUUGUAGUAAUUCAUUGGGCCACCUUACGCAGACCCUGCAAAAGUGUAAAUAAUAUUCCUACAAUGUGGUUGGAACAGCUUUUUUAAUGGCAAAAUGGUUUUGUCCAUAAUGGCUAGGGGGUCGCACACUGGGAAAGAAGCGCCACGCCGUGUCUUUAUAAUUUGAACAUAUAGUUUUCUAUGAGUGUACACACACCGCACACAGGCGCCAAUCACCUAUGACUGAGGCUGUGUAUACUUGAAGACUGUGUAUUGUGCAUUUUUUACCAAAUGUUUGUCUUUCUGUGAGUUUAAUAAAGUUCAAUAAAGUGGUGAUUAGGUUAAAGGGUUAGUUCACCCAAAAAUGAAAAAUAGCCUGUGUUUUAUUCACCCUUGAGGCUUCCUAAGUGUAUAUGACUUUCGUCUUUCAGACGAAUCCAAUCUGAGUUGGAUUGUCCUGGCUAUUCCAAGCGUUAUCAUUGCAGUCAUUGCAGAUAUCGGAAGUGAGAGAUAAGUGUUUAUUACGUUUGAAAUAUGGAUAUUUUUCUUUAAAAAACGCAUGGAUUCGCUACAGGAGGCCUUUAUUCACCCCCCACCGGAGCUAUGUGAGGCACGUUUUAUUAUGGAUGCACACGCUUUAUUUGACGUCUUGUGGACUGUUCAACAGAAACACCCACCCACUGCAAUGAUAACAACUGGAAUAGUCAGGACAAAUGUUUAUAUAACUCCGAUUGGCUUCGCCUGAAAGAAUAUACACCUAGAAUGCCUCGAGGGUGAGUAAAACACAGGCUAAUUUUCAUUUUUGGGUGAACUAACCCUUUCAGUAUUUACCAGUGAGUCGUCCCAGACGCAAUGCAGCACUGCACUUCUAUUCUGCUGUGCAACUGCCUUAAGAAACAUAGGAAAUUUGUCCUUAAAAUAGGCACCAGCAUUCAUACUGAUGAGCCGUCUUUCCAUAUAGUGCACCUCUCUAAUUCACCGUUUUGUCCCAUGGUGGAUGAAAAAGGCCAAGAGAUACCUAGAGAUCCUUAGCUGUUAUCUUGGACUUGAUUAAAUCAUGAAGACUUAUUUCCUUUCAAAUGUCUUAGCACAUUUGCCAAGAUAGGUAUAUCCCAGCAUGCAUACUAUAUAUAACUGCAUUGCAAUUUUCUCACCAUAUGCCCUGCCAAAUCAAGUAAAAUGGCAAACAUCCUACCUCCUAAAUAUAGAUCACUGAAGAAAUGAGGCACAAAAAUAAUGUCUUCCUCUGGCAGGAUAGUGAGGUGUUGUGCAGAGUGUACAAUCACUGGCACUCUAGAAGCUGUGAGAAGUGAUAAUAAAGCCAACAGGUCCUCUGGGGCUUCUCUAAACCUGAAGAUUUCUGCUGAACCAGGAUGCAGAGGAGGCUUACAUUCUUUACUGCAGUGGACUGCAGUCUGUAUGGUAGUGGAUGACAGCGCAAUCCACAUUCUCUCUGGAGUAUUUCUGAAUGCGGAAUACAUUAAAGUUAAAGUGCUUUAAUGUCUGCAGUGAGAUUCUGGUUGAUCUGGGGCUACUAUUUUUUCUCUGCUAGCAUAGAGAACAGGUAGACGUUUGGCUCUAGCUACAAAAUUAACUAAUAGAGAGCAUCCCGUAGAUGUAUUGAUAGUCAACACGAUUGAUUGGCUGGCUGUGUGGAAGUCUUGAUUCACAGCUAGAGCUGUCGCACUGCUACACCUAUUCUGUCACCUACGCUAGUCUGAGGUAAUAAAAUGUGGAGCAUUGGCACACAGGUGGAAAUUCAUUAGACUGAGAAAAUUGAUGGUCCUAGACACCGCGCACCCACCCCGAAUGCUUUCCCAUGGCAGAAAAAGGUCAUAAGACAUAAUAUUCUCAGUGUGCAAAGGAGAAAAAUCAACCUCCUUUCACACAAAUGCAACUCUGACAGCCAUCUAUGCACUUGUACACAUCUUACAUGACUCAAAAGAGCUAAGACCUUCUGUCAGCAGAUGGAAACAUAUAUAAGUUAGCAACUUGGGUCAUCCUUCAGACUUUUUUUUAUCAUAAAGAAUCUGUUUUCUGUUUAAUGGAGCUGCAUGCUUUAAUUGGCAAAACCAAAAUCAAUCAGGGGUAAAUUGCACUGAUGUACCUACAUGAGUGAGUACAAGCAGAUCUUUGGAACAGUACUUGAGCUUUGUUUUUGUCUUUUUUGUAUAAUGUUAGUGCAAAAUAAGCUUAGCAUGUAGUUUAAAUGUAAAUGAUGGAGAAAAAGUCAGGCUAGUGUUAUAAAACAGCAAAGAGGAGCUCAUACAUUUGCAUGCCACACAGUGUUGUGCUAUGGUUGUGGACUGAGGACUAGACAAUGUAGCAGAUGUCAUGUUCUUGUGGAAUAUGUCCUGUGCUAGUAAUGUUAAAGGCUUUAGACUGAACAUUCACACUUGCUGAAUAUGGAUUGUCUUGGUAGGACUGUCUGUUAUUUAUUUUAUUAUUUUAGAUUUUAAAGGGCUACUUGCUUUUUUUGUAAAAUGGAAACAACUGUUUGUUUGCUUUUAUGUAGUUAUAAUGUUUCAUCAAUGAAAAAAACGAAUAAACCCUUUCAAACGAU